ACUUAUGAGUUAAAAUGCGAAACUGGCAUCCAGUUUGGCUUUCUGAAGAAAUAAUUUCAGUUUUUCUCAUGUUACUCAGUGCAGCCACUGUGCAUACACAUCUCUUUCAUCCAGACUUAGUGCUCUUUUGAACAAAGGCUGACAGUUUAAUCUUGUGGUGUCUGCUAAAGCCAAAUUGUGCUGACUUACGCCUGUAGCUCCUUCCUGCUUUUCAGUAAUGGGGCUGAUGAAACCUUCCAGCAGAAAGGAGGGUCCUUCUGCCACCUCCAGCUCAGGACAGGCACACUUUACUACAACUUGCAAGUUAUGUUGGUAGGAAUUUUGAGAGGACCUCAGGUAUUUGGGGACCUGUAAGUGAGUGCAGAGUGGAGAAAAUUGGCUUUGCCCAGAGUUAGUAGUGGGAGGCAGGAGCUGAAGCGCUCCCUCCAGAGCAAUGGUCCAGGGGGUUAACUGAAGUACAGCUCUGUCCAGAGUAGUAAAGAACACAAAAAUGCUAUAGCUGUUAUUUAGGUCACAGUCCUGUAUGGUCUGUACCUACUCUUCCCACAUUAGUGUUUUGGUAGGUAAUUUUUUUUGUACUUAGGUGCUUUAGCCCCCAUUCAGCAGCUACCUGCACUUGACCACAUUGAUGAAUUGUACUGUUGACUGCAUAGAUAUUUGUAGAGUAUCAGCAAUUCUUUGUAUGGGAAUUACUUUUGUAAAAGCUUAUGAAUCUGAAAUACCUGAAAAUUGUUACUGCCGAGUUUAUGAAUUACCACUAUUUGUUAUGUCUUUUUAUAGACCAAAAAUUACACUUAAAUAUUUACCAGUUUCAACAUGCAACUGUGAAGGUUUAGGUGCCCUUGUUGGAUUCCAGAGAUUUAUACUGCCAAGCUCCUACAUUGAACCGGUUCCACUUGAGCUUGCCUUCAAACUUUGAAAUGUUUAGGUUGCCCUGAAGUCAGGGGGCAGUUACAGUCUUCACUUCUAAGACUUGCAUAAGUUCCUUAUUGUUUAUGGACAAGGAAGUGCAAUACAGGGUGAACCUCUGAUAAUUCUUCUCACAUAUGUUUGCAUUAAAUUUUGAGGCUCACUUUUCUGUGCUGACUGAAAAGCUACUGCAUGCUUUCCCAGUUUGCAUCUUGGGAGAAGCAGAGGUAUUACAUAAUCCAGUUUCAACGUGACUGCACUACCUUUCAACACAGACUUGAACUCUGCCCAGAGGUGCCACUUGGUUGAAGCAUAAAUGAUCUGUUGUUGUGCAAUAGAAUCACAUCACCUUUGUUCAAUCAAAAUGUGAUUGCAUGUUGAUCCAUGUGAAACUUGGUGGCUUGCCAGUUGUCUAGGAUGCAAAACCUUCCUAAACUCCUGACUGAGAUAGUCACAAUCUCCUGGUGAGACCAUACUGCUCUCUGGGUGUAGUGUUUUGAAUAUCUGUGGAGAACAAGGAGGUGGCAUGCAAUCUUAAAACAAUUUGGUAAUCCUUAGCAUUGUCUUGGAGAAAAUGUCUUUUACACAGUGCUUACUGAGCAGUUUAGGUUCUUGGGAAGUUAAUUAUAAAAAAAUGGAAAAAACUAAUUAUAUGUAAAAGGCUUCUCUGUAGUAAGUAUGGAGUACUCUCUGGAGUACCUAUGGAAGAGAAAGCAUGACAGCCAGUGUCUUGUUUUUCCUGGGAGAAAAAACCUGAUGAAUUUCUGACAACAUAUAAGAGUGUACCAGGUAGGAUUGUGCCUCUCAGCUGUUUGAAUUGAGGGGUCACUCAGCUGUUUGUAUUGUUUGAUGUUUGGCAAUAUUGGUGAAAAAGAGUUUCUUAGUGCUUAAAAUCUUUUGGUUUGAUAGGUGCAUUGGUUUUGGGGAUACAGGGAAAAGUAUUGAUAGAACAAUGAACAUGAGCUGCAGACAUGCUGGUCUGAAGUGUCUUUUGUCUGCUGACACUUAGAAGCAGGUUCCUGGCCAGAUGUUUGAGUGUUGAAUUAUUUUGUUUAGUUGUUGCAAAAUAAUGUCUUCAAACUGUAACUUCAAAAACUGUAACAGGUAGAAAUUCCCUGUCAAACCAUCCUUUUUCUCUCUUUUUUUCAGUCCUUCACUUCCUACAGACAAGAGAAAAGCUGGUUGCCAGCAAGUGUGCUGUUCUUCCCUCCUUGCUUCAGCUCCUAGAAAAGAACCAAGUGUCACAGUAAUACUAAUUUUUUCCCCUUUGCUCUUUCCUGCUGUUGUUGCCAGGGUUUGUUCCCACUUGUAAACAAGUGGUGCAGGGAGCACGGAGAGAUGGGGGAGGAGUUCGGACUCACUGUGCAAAUACAUACAGACAUACUAAUCUAAAUUGAUGCCUCGUUGAAAAAAAUCACAGGUGAAGCAAACAGCCAACAAUGGCUCACUCAAAGGCUCUCUUAGUGCUUGAAAACUUCAUAGGUGGCAGAUUUGUUCCUUGUUCCUCCUACAUAGACUCCUAUAAUCCGUCCACCGGAGAUGUCUAUUGCAGGGUUCCAGACAGUGGCAAAGAAGAGGUGGAAGCUGCUGUCAAAGCUGCUAAAGAUGCCUUCCCAAUUUGGUCCUCAAAAAGUCCAUUGGAAAGAUCUCAGAUCCUGAACAAAUUGGCAGAUCUGAUUGAACAUGACCUGGAAGCGUUUGCACAAGCAGAGUCAAAGGAUCAGGGAAAAACGAUUACAUUUGCCAGAACAGUGGACAUCCCUCGGGCUGUGCACAACUUCCGAUUCUUCGCCUCCUCCAUCCUUCAUCACGUCACAGAGUGCACCGAAAUGCCAGCCAUGGGCUGUGUGCACUACACCUCCAGGGCACCUGUGGGAGUUGCUGGCUUAAUCAGUCCUUGGAAUUUGCCACUGUAUUUGUUGACUUGGAAAAUAGCUCCUGCCAUUGCAUGUGGAAAUACUGUGGUUGCCAAGCCAAGUGAGAUGACAUCUGUCACAGCCUGGAUGAUGUGCAAACUCCUGGAAAAAGCAGGGGUGCCUCCUGGCGUGGUGAAUGUCGUGUUUGGGACAGGGCCCAGGGCAGGAGAGGCCCUGGUGUGCCACCCCGAUGUGCCCCUGAUCUCCUUCACGGGCAGCACGCGGACGGCGCAGCGCAUCACGGAGAGAAGCGCCCCGCACUGCAAGCGGCUCUCACUGGAGCUGGGAGGCAAGAACCCCGCCAUCAUCUUCGACGAUGCUGACUUGAGCCAGUGCGUCCCCACCACCGUCAGGUCCAGCUUUGCCAACCAGGGUGAGAUCUGUCUCUGCACCUCCAGGAUCUUUGUUCAGAGGGGAAUAUACAGUGAGUUUUUGAAGAGGUUUGUGGCAGAGGCCAAGAAGUGGAAGACUGGGAAUCCCUCAGAUCUUACAAUCGAUGUGGGAGCACUAAUAAGUAAAGAGCAUCUAGAAAAGGUAAGGACCUAUGUGAAGAAAGCCCAGGCUGAAGGAGCCAGAGUCCUCUGCGGAGAGGGAGUGGAUCCUUUGGCCCUCCCACCUGGCAACCAGAAAGGCUAUUUCAUGUUGCCCACAGUUAUUGCUGAAGUCAAGGACGAAUCUUGUUGCAUGCAAGAAGAGAUCUUUGGUCCUGUGACAUGUGUGGUACCAUUUGAUACAGAAGAGGAGGUGAUCAGAAGAGCCAACGGUGUGAAGUACGGCUUGGCAGCCACGGUGUGGUCCGGCAACGUGGGGCGCGUUCACAGGGUGGCACACAGGCUGCAGUCUGGGCUGGUGUGGACCAACUGCUGGCUUGUGAGAGACCUGAACUUGCCAUUUGGUGGGAUGAAAGCCUCAGGCAUAGGCAGGGAGGGAGCAAAGGAUUCCUACGAGUUCUUCACUGAGGUCAAAACCAUCACAAUAAAGCACUGACAUAUGUCAACAGAA